AUGUUCUCAAAAAUAAUUUUUAUUCAAUUAUUUUUUCUAACCCUCGGAAUUCCUUUUAAUCGUUUCCCUAUAAGUUCUGUUGGAAUUGAAAGAUUAAGUAGUUAUGAUUUGGCUAGUUAUAGUAAAUUACUUGAUAAACUUGAACAAAAUGUUUAUUUUUCUGUUAGAACAGAAAAUAAUUUGGAGCUUCGAAAUUAUCAACUUCAAAAACAUUUAAUUAAAAAUGGAUUCAGAGACGAAGCUGAAUUUGAACAUACACGACAACUGGUUAAGUGGGAGGAAAAUAAACGAAAUAAAAAAUUCUUUAACUAUCCAUCUGGGCCAAUCAGAAUGGAAAAAAUUAAUUACGAUUUUUUAAUUUGA